AGUGUAACUGAGCUGUCUACAAUGAGUAUCCUGUGGCAUGUCACUUGUCUGCUACUGCUGCGUUCCUGCGCCCCAGGUUUCUCCAUGCAGGAUGGCAUUGUUGGUGGUAAAGUCUCCGUUCCUCACAGUCGACCCUACAUGGUCUACAUUCGUGACAAGUUUACAAAACAAGCGUGUGGUGGUUUUUUGGUAAGAGAGGAUUAUGUGUUGACAGCUGCCCACUGCAGGCAACAUCAUCUUAUGGUAUAUUUGGGGGUUCAUGACACCAACUGUUUACCUGACGGUGUAGAGGUAGAUCCCUUUCCACAUCCAAAAUUCAAUAUGAGGAGACCAGACCAUGACAUUAUGCUUCUAAAGCUCAAAACCCCAGCAACUUUGAACAAAAAUGUGAGUACUGUGGCUUUGCCAAAACCUGAGAAUGAAGCAAUCUCAAAGGACUGCAUGGUCAUGGGUUGGGGCUGGAAGGAAUACCAUCACGAGUCUCCUUCAAAUGUGCUCAAAGAAGCAAUCGUGACUCUGAUAGACUCUGAAAACUGUGGCGUGGCUGAUACUCUGUGCUCUGAGGGAUCAACUGGACCAGCACAGGGAGACUCUGGGGGUCCACUUGUUUGUGGAGGUGUUGCACAGGGAAUUGUGUCAUUUUCCAAAGACAAUGGAAAUACAGACCACCUCAUGGGGUACACUCAUAUUUCCCACUACCUUUCAUGGAUUCAUGACAACAUGAAACCACCUACUCAGCAGCAAUAUGAAACAUGGAAAGGCAAGCUGGAUAAAUUCUAAAGCUGGAUUUAGUUGUCUGGUUCAAUGCAAGUUCUAUCAUUUAUGUCUGGUUUUAUUUUUACACCAAUCAUGUGUGACAUUAAAUGUGUGAAUUUAAAAUAAAGGCUAAUUUG